ACUGUGGCUGUGGCUGUGCUGCUGCAAGGAGCCCUCAGUGCUUGCAGCUGACACGUGCCUCUGGCAGCCAUGGAUUGGCUCGGCCUCCUCGUCCUGCUGACCGUGGCUGGGCUGGUGCACGGGAUAUGGGACAACUGCGGAGGGACCUGUGGACUCCGAGCUCCGCAAUCUGUCUAUAGCCCCAUGACUUAUUCCUAUGGAAAUGUGGCUUAUGACUAUGGCAUGACACGUGUCGUGGGUGGCAUGGGUGCUGCAGAAGCAGAAUGGCCCUGGAUGGUCAGCAUCCAACACCCCUGGAUACCAGGCCUGGGGCAUCUGUGUGGAGGGUCCCUCAUCAGUGCAGAUUGGGUCCUCACAGCAGCACACUGCUUUGACGAUAUCAGUAACGCCAGCUUGGUCUACGUGGUGAUUGGGGCCACCCAGUUCACUCAGCCGGGACCUGGGGCUGCAGUGCGUAGUGUCAAGCAGGUGGUGAUACACCAGUACUACAGCCAUAUCGACUUCAGCUAUGACAUUGCCCUGAUGCAACUGGACCAUCCUGUAAAGUGCAGCUCCUACAUCCAGCUGGCAUGUGUGGCUGACCCCACCCUCAGAGUCUCAGAGCUCAUCAACUGCUGGAUUGCUGGCUGGGGUGCCACUACUGCAAGAUCUCAAGAUUCAGCUGAUCGCCUUCAGCAGGCCAAGGUCCAGCUCAUUGAUGUCCAGCUCUGCAACAGCAGUGACUGGUACGCAGGAGACAUCCACACCCACAACUUGUGUGCUGGUUACCCACAGGGCCUCAUCGACACCUGCCAGGGUGACAGCGGUGGUCCUCUCAUGUGCCAAGACAACAACGCUGACUACUGGUGGGUUGUUGGAGUGACCAGCUUUGGGAAAGGCUGUGCCAGAGCAAUGAGGCCUGGAGUCUACACCUCCACUCAGCACUUCUAUGACUGGAUCGAUUACAACAUGCGUGUAAACGCAGUUAAAAGUGCUCCUUGA